CCGUAUCUUGAGGUUUCAAGGGAGGUAGUAGAUUCAAUGGUGCAGCAUUUUAAAGUGACAAUAUUUGGUGACCGUAGACCAGUUUACGAUGGUAAAAGAAGCCUUUAUACAGCCAAUCCACUCCCUGUAGCAACAACUGGGGUUGAUUUGGAUGUAACAUUGCCAGGAGAAGGUGGCAAAGACCGUCCCUUCAAGGUGUCCAUAAAAUUCGUUUCCCGGGUAAGCUGGCACCUGUUGCAUGAAGUUCUGACUGGACGAACCUUACCUGAGCCUCUGGAAUUGGACAAGCCAAUCAGCACUAACCCUGUUCAUGCUGUUGAUGUGGUGCUACGACAUUUACCCUCCAUGAAGUAUACACCUGUAGGCCGUUCCUUUUUUUCGGCUCCCGAAGGCUAUGAUCAUCCAUUGGGAGGUGGCAGGGAAGUUUGGUUUGGAUUUCAUCAGUCUGUUCGACCAGCAAUGUGGAAAAUGAUGCUAAAUAUUGAUGUUUCUGCCACUGCCUUCUACAAAGCACAACCUGUAAUUCAGUUCAUGUGUGAAGUUCUUGAUAUCCACAACAUUGAUGAACAGCCACGACCUCUGACUGAUUCUCACCGUGUAAAAUUCACCAAAGAGAUAAAGGGUCUGAAGGUUGAAGUGACUCAUUGUGGAACGAUGAGGCGGAAAUACCGCGUCUGUAAUGUUACACGGAGACCUGCUAGUCAUCAGACAUUUCCAUUGCAGUUAGAAAAUGGUCAGACGGUGGAGAGAACAGUAGCACAGUAUUUCAGAGAAAAGUACAACCUACAGCUGAAGUAUCCUCAUCUUCCUUGUCUACAAGUGGGACAGGAGCAGAAACACACCUAUCUGCCUCUUGAAGUUUGUAACAUCGUGGCAGGCCAGCGAUGUAUUAAGAAGCUUACAGACAAUCAAACGUCAACAAUGAUAAAAGCAACAGCCAGGUCUGCACCUGACAGACAAGAAGAAAUCAGCAGACUGGUGCGAAGUGCAAAUUAUGAUGCUGACCCAUUUGUUCAGGAAUUCCAGUUUAAAGUGCGUGACGAGAUGGCUCAUGUGACGGGGAGAGUGCUCCCAGCUCCGAUGUUGCAGUAUGGAGGGCGGAAUCGAACAGUGGCGACACCAAGCCAUGGUGUAUGGGAUAUGCGUGGGAAACAGUUUCAUACAGGUGUGGAAAUCAAGAUGUGGGCCAUUGCUUGCUUUGCCACACAGAGGCAGUGUCGCGAAGAAAUACUAAAGGGUUUUACAGAUCAGCUGCGCAAAAUCUCCAAGGACGCGGGGAUGCCAAUCCAGGGCCAGCCUUGCUUCUGUAAAUACGCACAAGGUGCUGACAGUGUGGAGCCCAUGUUCCGACAUCUGAAAAACACAUAUUCAGGACUCCAGCUCAUCAUCGUCAUUCUGCCGGGGAAGACACCGGUCUAUGCGGAGGUGAAACGUGUGGGGGACACACUUCUGGGGAUGGCUACACAGUGUGUUCAAGUCAAGAAUGUCAUCAAAACGUCUCCUCAGACCCUCUCAAACUUGUGCCUAAAGAUUAAUGUAAAAUUGGGAGGAAUCAACAACAUCCUUGUACCUCAUCAACGACCUUCUGUGUUCCAACAACCAGUGAUCUUCUUGGGAGCAGAUGUUACUCAUCCACCUGCUGGGGAUGGAAAGAAGCCUUCCAUUGCUGCUGUUGUAGGUAGCAUGGAUGCACAUCCAAGCAGGUACUGUGCCACGGUGAGAGUCCAGAAACCCCGCCAGGAGAUCAUCCAAGACUUGGCCUCCAUGGUUAGAGAACUUCUCAUCCAAUUCUACAAAUCAACGCGAUUCAAACCCACACGAAUCAUCUUCUACCGCGACGGAGUUUCAGAAGGACAGUUUCGACAGGUGUUGUAUUAUGAGCUGCUGGCAAUUAGAGAGGCUUGUAUCAGCUUGGAAAAAGACUAUCAGCCUGGCAUAACAUACAUCGUGGUUCAGAAGAGGCAUCAUACGAGGCUGUUUUGUGCUGAUAGGACAGAAAGGGUUGGAAGAAGCGGAAACAUCCCUGCUGGAACCACAGUAGAUACGGAUAUCACACAUCCAUACGAAUUUGAUUUUUAUCUCUGUAGCCAUGCAGGAAUACAGGGUACCAGCCGCCCCUCACACUAUCAUGUCUUGUGGGAUGACAAUUGUUUUACUGCAGAUGAACUUCAGCUGCUAACGUACCAGCUCUGCCACACCUAUGUGCGCUGCACACGAUCUGUGUCUAUACCUGCACCAGCUUAUUAUGCUCACCUGGUAGCAUUCAGAGCAAGAUACCACCUUGUGGACAAAGAACAUGACAGUGCCGAAGGAAGCCAUGUUUCCGGACAGAGCAACGGAAGAGAUCCCCAAGCCCUCGCUAAGGCUGUACAGAUUCACCAAGACACCUUACGCACCAUGUACUUUGCUUAGCUAUAUAUACAAUAGAGGUAGAGAGAAGAGAUCUAAAAACGAGAUGGAGCCUAUUCACGAAAGAGAAAGAAAGAAAGA